AUGUUUAAAGGUCGUGGAGGGCGAGGGAAACGUGGAUAUGGAGUGAAGCCGAGUGGUAAUUGCACCAAAUUUGUCAAAUUUAUACCAAAUAUAAAUAUAUUCGACCUACUAAAAAGAUCAAUACUUUUAAUAGGUUAUAACUCUUUUACACAUUCAACAGGACCUCCAGACAAAAUUGCAGAGAUGGGUACUUUCCUUCAUGCUUGCGAAGGCGACAUGGUUUGCCUUUCGACAAAUAAAAAAAUACCAUAUUUCAACGCUACGAUAUAUUUAGAGAAUAAGCAAUCGAUCGGCAAAGUAGAUGAAAUUCUUGGUCCCAUGAAUGAGGUCUAUUUUACCGUCAAACUUCAAGAAGGCAUUGUAGCAUCAUCAUUUAAACCAAAUGAUAAAGUUUAUAUUGGUGAAGACAAACUACUACCACUUGAAAGAUUUUUGCCUAAACCGCCUGCACCCAAAAUUAAAGCUGAAAAAGGUCAAUGGAAAGGCUCGAAUG